UCGCAAAACACGCGAUCACUCGAUCCUCCACCGCUGCUGGAUACGGACCCCGCGCUGUUCUUCACGGACGCUCACAAAUAUCGCACUCUUGCUGGAUUGUUUUUCAUUUCUGAUGUUUCUCACUUGCUCUCCGAUGCAGAGAAAUGGGUAAACUUCAUUCCAAACAUGCUGCUAUUUGUAAAGCGAGGGAGAGUCCUGAAGGCGAUAGUUUUGUAGUUAACGCGUGUUUGGCGAGGAGAGGACUGGAUGACUGGAUGGUUAAGCAGAAGUAUUACUGCCCGAGCUCUCGUGUAGAUCAGCAGGACUCCCAGCAGAAAAAUACCUGCGGACUGUCUCCACGGGACCUGUUGGAUGAAGGUUAUGCUGAAGGUAUCAGUGACGAAUGUUAUCGUUUAGAAGUGGCCCUGCCCCCUGAGAAGACCGACAGCUGUAGUGCGGAAGAGAGAAUGCAGGACACUGAAGCCUCUGCCACUGUCGGCCCACACAAACAAUUACAGUUUGAGGAGUUGGAGUGCGCCGUAUCAGUUGAAGAAGAUAACAGGCAGGAGUGGACUUUCACCCUCUAUGACUUCGAUAACAAUGGCAAGGUCACAAGAGAGGACAUCACCAGUCUACUGCACACCAUAUAUGAGGUGGUGGACACGUCAGUGAAUCACUCCCCCAGCAGCAGUAAGACCCUCAGGGUGAAGCUCUCUGUUGCUCCAGACUCCAGCCAGAAAUGGAGGAACUGCAGCCAGACCAACACAGACACUCCCCAUCCCAAGCAUAAGGGAGAAAAGUGCAUUGAGGACUCCAAGACUUCAGAGAAAAAGUCAAGAGCCUUUCUUAGGCGUUACCAUGCUGAUCACCACAACCAGCAAGGUUGCCAGCGGCACUGUGUGGAUGAGAACUUGGAGAGAAGAAACCAUUACCUUGACCUGGCCGGCAUUGAAAACUACACAUCCCGCUUUGGAACAGCAGCUCCUGCCACAGAACCAGCAAAACCCAACCAUACAACACGUUCAUCCAAUCAGACACGCUCACGUUCUCAGGAACCAGAGAAUGGCCACGCGUACUCCGCUCAUCAUCGGCGCUCACAGACCAUCUCCACAGACCCUCCUGCCAUCCUCUCCCGGCACACACACGCACUCCGUUCCCCCAAAACGCACCGUACGCCGCCCACACAGGCCUCCGCUGGUCGGGUGAUAAGAAGAGGAGCGCCCCCUCCCCCAGCGAUCCCCAACCAGAUCCCUCCGCACCAAAGCUCAGGCCCGUACCGACGACACAAGCAGAGGCCUAAAGAAGGCCUGCACUAUCGGGCUCUUGGGCCGACUGUGAAGUCUGGCCCAGUCGUGGAGAAAGAGCAUGUGAGGGAUCUGCCCAGUCUGGUGCUAUAUGAAGGAGGACUAGCUCAGGUGGUCCAGCGACACGAGCAUCAUCAUCAUCAUGAACAUCAUCAUCACUACCAUCACUUCUAUCAGUCCUGAAGAGUAAAACAGAUGGGCUACAUAAAGGAUCUAAAUAAGAAUAACAAUGAGGAACGUAACAAUUGAAUGAUCUUAAAUAUUCUUGCAUGGCCACAUUGAGGCUGAGAAGGACACAAAGCAUCAUGUUCAUGCCAAAGUGGCAGACAAUAUGUACGCAUUUGUAUAUAUAAGUGUGUGUGUGAGAGAGGUUAUGUGGGUCGGUUUGAAUGUGUGCUGAUGUAUUCAGUCCUGUCUUUGGCAGCAGGAGAGGUUUGCUUACUACGUAAGGGCUCUAUCUUUCCCUUUUCUCUAUUUUUUUUUCUCUCUAUCACUCUGUCUGCCUCCUUUUGUUUUUCUCUCUCCCUCUCUUAAUUCUUAUCUGAUUGGUCUAUUUGGUUGAAAAGGUGGUCAGCCCUGUUAAAUGAAGAAUUUUGAGUUGUCAAACCACUUUUGAAGGAAUACAAUUCCUUGGUUUUGUAACUUACAUUUUGUGUAUGCGUGUGCGCGCACAAUCUGCGCAUCUAUGUGUGCCUAAGGUGUCUUUUUUACACUUAUCCUUUUUUGUUUUCUUUUUUCCACUGAAGACCACUUGAAAAGCACUUCUUGUGCCAUUGCAUUCGAGACACUUUAUCUAUGAAGAGCUUCUCUCUCCAAAACAACAGAUCUGAAUCAACACCUUUAAAAAUGCAAUACAGGACACGUGUACAUAAAAGAGCCAGUAAAGACACUAAAACCGCCAAAAAGGACUUUGUUGAAGGACAGUAUGAGAACUACACUCUACCAAUCUACAUGAAGAAAACAGAGCAUCAUAAUCAGCUGCUACCUCUAGUAUUAUUAUGAUUAUCGGUAUUAUUGACAAUUUUUUAUUCAGAUUUUAUGUUUUAUUUGUCUGUCUGUUGUAAUAUGCCAACAAUCUGCAGUCAUGUCAAGAUGUAUUGGAUUUAAAUCCAUUGUAAGCUUUAUUACUGAAACAUUUCUAUUAAUAUGUUUUUUUGCUUUGUUUUGUUUUGUUUUUGGUGUUUUCCUGUCCCUGUAACUUUAAGCUAAUUGCAUUCUAAGACCACUAGGCAUCAGAGUUUAUAGUGUAAUUAUGUGUAUCAGAUAAUAUGGAAUCUUAAAAAUAAUCUUCUGAUGAUUGUAGAAUAAUGUUUUGAAGCUUGUUAAAAAAAUAAUUUAUUUGAAACAUAUUCCUGUCAGGUUUAUGGCAAGUCAAAAUGGGUCUAAUCAAAUGAUUGGAAAACAUUGAAUAUAUUACACCUGAUAUUAUUGUAUC